AUGCAGGGUAUUGACUACCAUGAUACAUACUCGUCAGUAGUGAGUAUGACUUGUCUUCAACUCAUCAUUUGUUACGGCCUGAAGUUCAACUUCCGCAUCCGGAAAAUCGACUUUGUUGUGGCAUACCUCAAUGGUGAACUCACGGAUGUCGAUAUAUACAUGGCACUGCUGCCGGGUUUCGAGGAUCGAUACAGACAGUCACCGCGAUCAGCCUGUCAUCUCAAGAAGGCGCUCUACGGACCCAAGCAAUCCGGCCCCGAAUGGUUCGCAAAGAACGAGAACGGGCACACAUGGCAGCACGCCAAGAAUUUGUUCAUCCCAAAUCUCCAGCUACUGCAACUAGUGGGCAGCUGCGAGAAGUCAAAGCCCUCUGGGGCUGAACAGAAAGGGGGGGAUGUUGUUGGAAGUUUGAGAAAGGGGAGAGGGAAAAGGGAGGAUAUGCAGAUUUCGAGCUCCGGCUACCUUGUGGUUUUCUGUAAAGAUUAUUCCGAGCACACUUGUUUUUCUUGUGGUCGAUCGAUGUUUUUGUAUUGGAUCCUUUGCGUUUGUAUCAACCCCCAUCACUCUUUGUCGGAUGGUAGCUAUACUCCUACAACGCUAUUUGAAAUGGAAAGGGAGGCUUUGUAG